UUCAUUUAAAAGUUGUAAGAAUCGUACAAAAUAACAGAGUAAACAGCUUGUUUAGGUCAAUGAAUAAAAUAGUGUGCAAUCAUUAUCAGACCGGUUGUAUUAAAUUUAUAUAUGAGACAAGGCUUCACACUGCAGAAAAUGAACAGCAUUUAGUUGUUCGUAGGGAAUCACGACGAUAUGUUCUUUCAGUUGUUGGUAGUUGGUACUUUUGGUAUAUAUAAUGGCAGGUGAAAAAGCCAAAAACAAUGAAUUUUGUCAGGAAGAUUCGAAAUUUACACGCAUUCAGUACCAAGAUCAAGGCCAGAAACAUUUACAGAUUUCGAGAUCUCGUUCUCGAAAGUACUUCCUAACAACAGUACCACUUCUGGCACCUAUUUUUCAACUCGAACUAUGGAACUCAAGACGGUGUACCUAGGCAUGGAAGAACAGAGUUGUGAUCAAGUACAUGAUGUACACUGGUAGACACCCGAAGGACUACCAGGAAUGGUACGAUUAAAGAAUGAUGGAUGGUCGUAGGACGACGUUCUGCCCUAUUUUAAGAAAUCGGAAGACUGUAGACUAGGGAAGGAGUGUUUCAACGGGUACUACAACCAAGGAGGUUUGUGAUCAGUAGAGUAAGAUUACAAAUCGAAAAUUGGGGCUAAAGUCACUGAUUAUCAUAACCCGGAGGAAUUAUGCAGCACUUUCCCACCUUCAAGCCAGUGUUAAGCUAAUGCAUUACUUCACUCUUUCGCAUAUAUUGCUAGAGCUUCAAAGGAGGUGAUUCUUUCAGCGAGCGCUUUAAGUUCUCCACAGGUUCUGAUUGAAACCUUGCUGGUCUUGCUAGUUAAAGUUUCGUUAUCGGUUAAAAUCUGUUUUGAGCUGAAGAUUCUAUGUAGCCUUCUGCAGCAUUUCAGGUUUUCAACCGCCUAGACGAAAGCGUCUAGGCGUCUGUCUUUACAGUCGUUAAAUCAGCACCACUGUCUGCCAACAGAGUGGCUGAUGUUCUUCUCAUGCAGUGCCCAGUAUAUAAUUUAGCAUCAAAAAGCUUCAAAUAGCUUGCAAUAAUUUCGAAUGUUUUUUUUUGACACACAACAAACUCGUUUUCUUGAUAAUUGUUAGCCCACUUUAUUUAAAUGCAUGCGUAACGCGCAAUCGUGAUUUUCAUUUAUUGUUAAUUUAACCGGUUGGGAGGAAAGUUUCGUAUGCAUCUCUGGAAUAAACUGUCUUGAUCCCUCGACAAAAAAUUAAGACCUACAUUCUCACGCUUAAUAUGGUAGUUUAUUCCGUUGAUGCAUAAAUAACUAUUAAUAAAGUUUCUAGUUUAACAUGGUGUGAGUUUCGAUUUGAGAUUAGCCAGAUCGUUAAAGUCACUUUUUUUUUCGUCCGGAGCAACAUAAGUUUUUUUACUUAUCAGUGUGGUGAGUGCAGUCACAAUUACAUGUACAACUAACGGUUUUGUUUAUGUCAUAUACACCCCUAUAUUUUAAUGAAGAAUGAUGAAUAAUUUGAAGAAUUUUUGGGAUCAAGGUUUUCUUGUCUGGCAGACAAGUUUUUCUAAAAUAAAGCAAAUGAUUGUGCAGGUAAUAGUUGCUGCAGUCUGCAGUUUUUUCAGGUAAAUGGAAAAUGACUAAAACAAUGUUUGGCUAAUAACAGACCGGUUUUAUUAAAAUAUAUGGGACGGUUGAGAAUUUAGAUAAAGAGGAGCAUUCCAAACAACUGAAACGUAACUCAAAAGGUCAAGGCUGCUUACAUACCACUCUUAAAUUUGCAGAAAAAAAUUUAGUUGUUCGUCCAAAAUCUCGACGACAUGUUCAAUCUACUAUUUGUAGUCUUAGUACAUAUCGUGGCAGGUGAAACCGUCUUUACAAACGAAAGACAGCGAAUUGUGCCAGGAAGUUUCGAAAGUUAUCCACACUCAGUACCAAGAUCACUGCCUGAAACAUUUACAGAUUUCGAGUACGAUUUUAUAAUCGUUGGAUCUGGUUCCAGCGGCGCUGUAGUUGCUAACCGUUUAUCAGAGAUCUCAUCCUGGAAAGUACUUCUUUUAGAAGCAGGAAAUCCGCCGAACCUUCUAACAAGGGUACCACUUCUGGCACCUAUUUUUCAAGUAACCCCUUACAACUGGAACUACACCAUGGAACCCCAGGAAGGUGUUUGCCUAGCCAUGGAAGAACAGAAAUGUGCUUGCCCAAGAGGAAAAGCUCUUGGUGGUAGUAGUGCAAUCAACGGCAUGGUAUACGGCCGUGGGAACCCAAAGGACUACCAGAAAUGGUACGAUUUAGGAAACGAUGGAUGGUCGUAUCGUGACGUUCUUCCUUAUUUUAAGAAAUCGGAAGAUUGUAGACUCGGAAAGGAGUGUUCAAAUGGGUACCACAACCAAGGAGGAAUGUGGUCAGUAGAGCCCGUUUUUAGAUCGAAAAUUGGGGCGGCUUUCAUUCAAGCGGGAGUCGAAAUGGGUGGCAAAGUCAUUGAUUAUAACUCGAAGGAUCAUAUUGGAUUUUCCUAUCUUCAAGCCAGUGUUAAGCGAGGGCGACGACACAGUACAGCUGAUGCAUUCCUCUACCCUUUUACUUCUAGAAAGAAUCUUAAAAUUUUAACAUCAGCCCGAGUCACGAAGGUGUUGGUCGACAGUGGAGGAAAUGCCUACGGUGUGGAAUUUCAGAAAAGAGGAAAAAAAUAUGUUGCUCGAGCUUCAAAGGAGGUGAUUUUAUCAGCGGGUGCUUUAAGUUCUCCACAACUUCUGAUGUUGUCAGGGAUUGGUCCUCGAGGGCAUUUGUCUGAGUUGGGAAUCACCACCAUUACGAAUCUUCCGGUUGGUCAACUGCUUUACGAUCAUAUAGUGUUUUUCGGGUGGUUCUUUAAGGUUAAUCAAAUCCUCGAAUUCCCAGCAGCUGUUUUCAACCCUUUGGAGACCUUCCGGUGGCUGUUUAACGGCACAGGAGUCUUCUCUAGCGCAAAUGGAGUCGAAGCACUAGGUUUUAUAAAUACUGGUUCCACUCCGGAUCCCAAUUAUCCAGACAUUGAGCUGGUUUUUGCCAGCCUCGGUACAAUAGGGAGCCUUUCUGGUAAAAUUUUAUCCCAGAGUUUUCGUUUAAAACCCAGAUUCUACGACGUCGUAUUCAAAUUAUUGGAAAUCACCCCAGCGUAUAACAUUUUCCCGAUACUUCUUCAUCCACAAUCGAGAGGCUAUAUGAGGUUAAAAUCGAGAAACCCUUACGAUCCACCUUUAUGCUACGGCAACUAUUUUUCCGAUCCAGAAGGCAGAGAUAUCAAGACAUUGCUAGCUGCCAUACGGUAUGUACAAAGGAUGAGUCAGACGACAUCUUUCCAGAGGUUUGGGUCUAAAUUGUACGAUGCUCUUAUUCCAGGUUGUGAGGGGUUUGUUUUCGAUUCAGACGAGUACUGGUUUUGUGCUUUGAGGAGCUUGACGAUGAGUGCGUUUCAUCAGACGGGGACUUGUAAGAUGGGGCCGAAGAGCGAUGAAGAGGCUGUUGUCGAUGAACGGUUGAGAGUGUACGGAAUUAGGGGCCUGAGAGUAAUUGAUGCUAGUGUGAUUCCUGUGACGUUGUCGGGUCAUAUGAGUGCGCCCUGUGUGAUGAUUGGGGAGAAAGGGGCGGACAUGAUUAAGCAAGAUUGGGGAGUGUUGUGAAAGGUUUAGAGGGAUUGAAUGGGGAAGAGAAAGGCAGGAAGGCAGCUGUUUAAACCAAAUUUAUAGAAUAUUAAACAAAAACAACUCACAAUAGAAGAUAUAAAUUGGGAAAUGAAAAACCAUUAGGAAAAUAUAAUAUGCUCGCUUUAAGAUAAAGUUCUGGAAUUUUUAGAGCUUCUAGAUAAAUAUAGACAUCUAUAAAUCAUUAUCGAAAAGAUGUUUAACGAUUAAAAUUUUUUCUAGUUUUUGUCUAUUGUAGUUUUAUUUGUUCUUGGGAAUUAAUAGUGGGAGUAG